UUCAUCGAUAGCUAGAGUCUAUUUUCUCCCUAAUGGCUACCUUUGCUAAGCAUCUCUCUGUCUUCUUGUUUAUAGUGCUCUUCACUUCUCUGCAAAUUCAAGCUAGAGAAAGCAGGUUCUUUAGCAAGUUCACCCAUUCUAAUGCCAAUAACAACAAUGUCGAAGAACCCCAAGUCCCCAUUUUUGAAGCUCGUACACCGGCACCGGCACCAACACCAGCAUCAGCACCAGCACCAGAAGAAGCAGUAUUAGCACCAGCACCAACACCAACUUUCUCCGAAAGUGAAAAUGGGUAUGGACUUUACGGUGGUGGCUCUAGCGAAUUCACUCCAACAAAAGAGACACCUGCCACCCCCACCAAGUUUGAAGAUGAAUUUCUGACCGGAGAGCUUAGCGGCAAAAGAUUUGAGACGGGCUAUCCGAAAACAAACUUGUACAAUAGCAAUGAGAACAGCAACAAUUACAACAACAAUGGCUACAACAGCAACAACAACAAUAACAACAAUGGCUACACACCCAACUACAACAGCAACGGCUACUCCAACAACUACAACAACAAUGGCUACUACUCCAACAACUACAACAACAAUGGCUACCAGACAGAGAGGCAAGGGAUGAGUGAUACGAGGUUCUUGGAGAAUGGGAAGUAUUAUUUUCAUGUUAACAAUGAGAAUAACAAUCUUAAUGGGUACGAGACAAGGAAGGAGACCACCAAAAAUGAAGGCUACUAUGUAAAUAGUAUGUAUCCAAAUGAGUUCAACUCCAUGGAAGAGUACGAGAAGCAGGAGGAGAACCAAGAGGAGUUUGAGCCAUAAAAGUUUGACCCAUGGUCAACGCAUAGAUAUAUAGAGAGGGAGAGAGAGAGAUCAGAGUUGAGGGGAGGGACCUGGUGUAAUUUAAAGGCAAAAACAAAACUAUAUUAUGGUGGAUUUUUAUGUGUCAUGAUCUUCAAGUUUCAUUUUUCAUUUUUUGCACAGAUUUUAUCCCUUGCAGAUUUAAAAAAGGAUGGGAGAUUAUCCUUUAAUUUGUGCUUAUUUGGUUGAAAUUUUAUGAACGGUGCUUUUGCUUUUGAUGAA